GCGCAGCGCUCUCCUCACAGCCCAGGUCCUGUCAGGGCGGCAGCGAUCACCUCCCGGUCCCGGGCUCCCACCACCACCAUCCCCGAUUAAUCCGCUCACAAGGGGUCCGAAUUGGCACCCUUGGCUCCUUUGAUGUGGUCCCCGCAUGGAUCCGGGUUGGGGACGAGGUGGUGAUUAUCCAGAGGCCCGUGUUUCAGCUGGCAAGGGAACCUCGUGGUUGUCCACAACCUCAGGGACAACAAGGACUACCUGCCUGACUAUAAGGAGCUGGAGGCCCUCAAAUACGCCAAGGUGGCCGAUGCCGCCUCGGUGUCCCGGCAGAAGGUGGAGAACUGUGUCCAAGGCACCAUGUCCCUCCUCUCUUACUGCCUGUGGAAGGGGGAGAACGUCGCCCUUUUCCUGAAGGACGUGGGGGUGCUCCUCAUCGAAGGCACGAGGGUACAAAUGAAGUAGUACUGUGAAUUCCUGGAGAAGACCUCUGGGAAGAAAAGUUUGGAGAAAGCUGUUUUUACGGUCCCUUGGCUGCUGGACAUGGUGGUGUCCCCGCUGGUGCCCGUGGCCUCGCUGACGUUUUCUGGCCGCAUCAUCCUCUUUCCCGAGUUUGAAAUGCAGGACGUGCCCAAACCACCACCCAGGGUUCUCAAGAUCUCGAGCCAAGGCCCUGGUGAGGACAAAGGGAUGAGAAGAAUGAAGUUGCCACCUCUUGGGCAAGCGGGACCUUCUGGUUUUCGGUUUCCUGCUCCUCCAAACUCGAUGAACAAUGAAACACCGCUGUUCUGGCAAAUCACGGUGCCGAAGAAGAGGAAAAAAUCUCGGGUCAGACGGCAGCCGGUGAGCCUGGAGAACUCCUCGGGAAAAAAACGGGCAGUGAACAGCCAAUCCAAGAGCCGAUGCAAAUCCAGAGGUCCAACAUCAGCAAAACCUCGGAGGGACGAAGGAGCAGGAGGACGAGGAGGAGGAGCAGGAGGACGAGGAGGAGGAGCAGGAGGACGAGGAGGAGAAGGAGAAGGAGGAGCAGAGAGAGUGGUGGAAAAAUUCCUCACUGACAUCGCCACGCUGAAGGCGGCGAAAGCCAAACCCAAAUAUUCUUGGGAAUCCUCGACCUUCCUGACGCCCAUCAUAGCCAUCUUAUCGGCAACGAGCUCCGAGACCAGCUUGCAUGAGGAACCCACCUCCAAGGUCCUCCUACGGCCGCCUCCGAGACCGAAGUGACCGAAAAGCUGAUGUUCAGCCCCCAAAAUAAAUUUGUCGAGGCCCCAGUUGGAGCGUUUGGGAGAGAGAUAAAUGGUGAAAAUGUAGAGAAAUGGCCAAAAAAGCGGCGAAUUUCAGAAACUG